AUUCCUUCUCAGUACAAGCAGUGACGAGUGAGUCAUACACUGGAAAUCUCGGAGAGAAAUUCUUCCAAAGUCCGGAAGUUUCAUCAAAGUGACAUACACUACCAUUUUUUUUCUUUGAGCGGUUCCACUUAAAUCGUCAAAAUUGCAAAAAUACUUUUUAAAACGAUGUACAGUCGGGAGAAUAGCGACUACAGCGACGAGUCGAAGUACGUGGCGAACAUUCUCUCGUCCAUGGCCAGCGCCAGUGCCGCCUCUACCACGUACUCUAUCCCGGCAUCCUACGUCAGCGGCAUCACCUCCCAAGCCACGUCCACAGGCCUGACCCCCACGACUCUGGCCAACCUGGAGCAGACGUUCAUAGAGCUCCAGUCAGUCCCCACCAACCUCUCCUCCGGGCAGGACCCUCUCACACAGAGCGGCUUCGUCCCCCCGAUCGUUGACCCCGCGGGCAGCGACCGCUCCUCCGACAGAUAUGACUAUUCGGACAUGAGUGAUGCGGACUGGCCCCCCAACAAACGGGGGCGGGGCGCUGACGGCCAGGAUCUCAUUGCAUACGACAUGACCACAAGCGUGGGUGGAGGAGGACGGAAAAGAAAUAAACGUGAUGAAAAAGUAAGUCCCGAGGAGGAAGAGAGACGAAGAGUCCGAAGAGAACGAAACAAAUUGGCGGCAGCAAAAUGUAGGCAGCGAAGAGUGGACCACACCAACAGACUUCUAUUGGAAACAGAAAAACUUGAAAAAGAGAGAGACUCGAUCGAGUCGGAUAUCCAGACUCUGCAGCAACAGAAAGACCAGCUGGAGUUUGUCCUGCAGGCCCACCAGCCCCUAUGUAAGGUCGACACCCCCCACAACCCUGUCAAGGUCAAGUCCGAAAACUCUCUGAAUCAAUGUGCUGUUGGUAAACUUUCCGUGUCGUCCGCGGGUUCCAGCGUGCGCCCUAGCACACUUCCUCUUAUCAAACGAGAGAAGAAGGACACGGAUGUCUCUGUUAGUUCUGCUACUGGAAUUCCAAUCACAACGCCCUCUAGUGGCUUCAUGUUUACUCUAGACAAUAUGGUGGACCAUACAGGUCUUACACCUAUAACGAAUGGACCCUCUUCUUGCAGCAGUGAAGUGAAUAGGACUUCAAGUGAAAGCAAUUCGGAAAGUGCCAGUUCACCGACCUUGAUUUCUUUGUGAAUAUUCAGAUAUAUCAUCCGUCGCCUCUAUAAAAAGUCAACGACAGCAUCAUUUCAUUUUAUUUCGCUGCGGGACGGUUUUCAGUUAUCUAUUGAUGCUUGCCACCUGUUUCUUUAAAUCAUGUCUCCAAAGCCAGUCGUUUUAUAUGUAAAUGUUAUAAUUUUUGUGUACAGGAUAUUUAUUUUUGAUGCAAGAACAAGGCGUUGUUGCAUUUUAUGACUGUUUAUGUUUUUUUGCCAUUGUGUUCCUAACUUCUGUGGGUAUUCGUGCCUAGCGCGUCAGGUGCUUCCGUUUCUGUAUUGUACAUAGUUACAGCGGAACGUAUUGUUCCAAACUAUUUAUACUUUUUUGUACAUUUUGAAUAAAGAUAUGCGAAAAUAAA